UAGAGGUCAGUAGGUUAUUUACAACUUUGAGCUGUGUAAAGCGUCCUUUAUGACAGACAGAGAGAAGCCGACAGUCUUUUGCCGUCUCUUUCACACAAAAACUGUCAAAAACCGUUUGAAAUGUAAACGUUACAAAACGGAAAAUAAUAUACAAAUGUAAACAGUGAAUAUUCGUUGCAAAUUGGUGUAUUUAUUCUAAUAUUGCAACGAAAAUGUCCACGCGAUCUGGAAAACGGAUACACAGCUCUAUGCAUGAGGACGCUAUUAAGGCAGAUGCCGAGUUGGUCGUAAAGGCUGAGAGAAAAACUCGAAGUAAACAUUUGAAAGAAAAUGAAGACCAACCAGGAGAAGCACAUUCUAAGUUGAAGAAACGCCAUAACUAUGUCAGUUACCCCACUGACGACAAUCAUCUUGGUGACACAGUUGAGAAGGAAGGCAAAACUACACGGAAAACUAAAAUAUACACUCUAAAAGAGCAGGAUAUAAACAUAUUUGAGACAGGAAAUGUUCACUCUGAUAAUGUUGUGAAUACUGAAGCUAAAAAGAGUAACAGAGUUACUCGACAAACCAAAAAAAUUCCCGAAAAUGAAGAUCUGCCUCAAAAUGCAGAAAAUGUAAUAACUACAGAACCAGAAACAAUCCCAAAUGGUAAAGUUAAAGGCAAAAAGAAUAAGAAAAAGAAGUCAAAACAUUCUGAUGCAAAUGAGAAUGAAGUUAUUAAUGUUGAAGUUAAAAGUGUUUCAAAGAAAUCUAAAAAGAAGAAGAAGAAAGGCAAGAGAACAGACACUUCUUCUGAAGAGAUUCAAGCAAAUGGCUUGAAUAGAAGUAAUGUUUCAACUGAUUCUUUCCACAGUGCUGCUGGCAGCCCCUUGACAGAAAAAACAAUAAAAAUAAAAGAAAAUAAAAAGACUCCAGAAAGAAAGAAAAAUUAUACUACUUUUGACAAAACUGAGUCAGUUGAACCUUCUAGCUCAAAUACUACAUUUGAGAAAAGGGGAACACCAAGGCAAUCAGGUAUUAAAAUUGCAAUUCAAGAAAAACAUGAUACCUCAUUAACUACAAAAAAGUCUAAAGAUGCAAACUCCACAUAUGAGAAAAUUGAUUUAAUUGAACCUUCUUGCUCAAAUACUACAUUUGAGAAACGAUUUACACCAAAAAGAAAAUCUAGUAUAAAACAUACAGCCCCAGAAAAAGAUGUUUCUUUACAUGUAAAUACAUCUAAAGAAGCAAAUUCAACUUUUGUCAAAGAAGAUUGUUCGGAGAAACUAAACACAACCUUUGAGAAGGACACUAAAAGAAGAAAAUCUUUAAGGUCCAAUGACUCCACAAUCAACAGCACGUCUGUUAUCCUCAACAGUACAUUUGAGAAGACAUUGGACAAAAAACAAUGCAAAACAAUCUCUCUUGACACUACCUUUGACAAAACGGAUCCAAAACUGAACACUACAUUUGACAGAACCGAAUCCAAAAACAAUUCUGCCAAGUCUUCAUUGAUUAGUUCUGAUGGCACGGUCAACCUUACGUAUGACAAAGAUGAUAAUUCCCGCAUAAGCAUAACCAGUGACGAAUCUAAAACAGAAAACAUUGUUAACACUACUCCAUUACUAAUUGAGAGCAGUAUGGAUGAAUCAAAAAUAUCCAGUUCAAAACAAUCAAUUGAUAACCUUAAUAUGUCACAGGACAAGAGUUUAAAAGAAGAUUCUUUAAAGCCACAGGAGGCAGCACCGGUAACACCAUUAAAACGUGAAGGCACAUUUACAAAGGACAGCCCUGAAGUGAUGACGAAGAGGUCCUCCAACCAGACUCCAACUAAGCGUGCUUCUCUACCAUAUCCUGGCAAUACUCCGUUCCAUGUGUCUCGUAGUUCCACAAAGGAGAGAAGUGUCCUGAAUGUGACUCGGUCCAUUGAGAAGCCGACCCGUAGGUCUUCGUUGGCUGCUGUGGCACCAAGGCAGACCCGGGUGAUGUUCUGUAGUCCGGUCAACAACCCCGCUGUGGUGACACAGCAGCGGAAGAAGGUUAUCAAGUCAAGCCUGAAAGGUUCCAAUAAAAGCUUUGUUUUUGAUGAAAAAGAGUCGUCGGCGCGUCCAGGCGUGCGCAAGCGCUCGUACACGCACAACGACGCCGAGGACGUCCGCGCCGUGAAGCGCACGCGGCUGGCCGAUGAGCUGCAGCAGUCCGUGGACCGCCUGUCGCGGCCAAGGACCUCCAGUGCUGCUGCGAAAUUAGACAGCACACCGGCAAAGAAACAAGCGACGCCAUUGAAGGCGAAGUCUGACUCCAAGCGCACCAAGCUGCCAGACUUCAAGGCCCUGCAUCAGAAGCAGUUCGACCGGAUGGAGUCCCUGGACGAGUGCCAGCGGAGGAAGGCGCGCCGCGCGCGGCAGCUGCUUACGCCCACAGGUGGGGUCGAAGUGCUAGAGAGGAGCAGUCCUAGGGGAACCACAGAAACAAAGGCCGACAAAAAAGAUCCGAUCAAGAAAACAGAUACUCCUACAAAAGCUCCGAAACUACCCACAUUGGAGUCUUUAAGACCUGGGUACACACGAUUUGGCUUCAAGAUGAAUUCAGACGUGAAUCCCUUCAGUAUUCCUAGUAAUAAUGAUAAUAAAACUAAAGACAAACCUGAAAAACCUAACGGUUUGCAUGCAAAGUUGCCGCCAAAAACUCCGAACGCAGUGCUGCCAACAUCACAAGACAAACUGCAAAGGCAGCCAACAUUACCAUCGUUGAACGGGAAUACAGUGACGAGGAAAGAGGUGGCAAAACAAGCUGUAAUGAGGGAGAAAUCAUUCACAUCUCUUUCUAAUAAGAGGGAUGUAAAGAGGAGCGAAACCAGAACUAUUAUAAAGGGAGUGAGGACUAACAGGAGAUUUGAGUUGCAAAUGAAAAUGCGGAACAUUGAUUGAGGGUGUUCGAAACAUAAGCAGACUAAAAAGUAAGUUUUUUAGACACGUUUGAGCACUAUGGAAUGAAUUUGACAAUGUUAGCAAUAUUAUUUAGUUCGUAUAUUAUUUAGUAUGUACUUUAUAUUAGUGAAAAAUACUUUAUAAAGUUAAUAUUAUGUUACUUCUCUUGAAAAAGUUCAUGGAGUCUCGCUUCAGUUUUAAUCGGUUUCAUACGCGUUGUAGCGUUCAGCCUAUAUUAACAGUACAAAUAAUAGACUAACAAAGGCGAUAUUAACUUAGUUUUAAAACAUUUUUUUUAUGAUAUCUAUGAUAAAGCAGUAAAACAAACAGAAAGACUCCACAGUAAACAUAAUAUUCGAUUUUUAUCAUCAUUAUACAAUAUUUUAUAGAUAAAUGUGUGGCUUACUUAAAAAAUAUUUAAGGCUCUGGAACAUCCCGGACACUCCGUACAAAAAUCUUGUAAGUGCGAGGGAGACAGACAAUCCACGCGCGCUCCCUUACGGCAAUUUAGACUAGUGAGACCCAGGUGGGCGAGGUAAAUCGGCACCGAUUCGAAUUGGUGUUGGACGGAGUGUCCGUUCUAUACGUAGUAUUAAUCUUUAUUCUUUGGCCUAGGAUAGCACCCACAGGAUCUUCGGCGCCAUUUUUGUGUGGCCAAGUAAAUCUAUCCAUACAAAAAAUACCUAGUUCGUAAAAAUAUGCGCAAUUGUGCAGUACACAUACUUUAAACCUUAGUGAAUAUAUAAAUAAUGUCAGAUUGUAUUUUUAUACUUAUUAUUAAAUAUUGUUUCGCAGUAUUAACCCAGAUAAUAGGCACCUAGUGUUGAUUCUCAUGUGCCAUUUUCGUACUAGUAAUCAUGAUGUAAUUUUAGAAUAGUUUUGAAACAUUAAAUAUUUUACUAGGAUUA